AUGGCCACCAAAGCCUUCUCCGUAUCCUUCGCUGACAUCACCAACAGCGUCAGCUUCCCCUUCGCUUCUAAACCCCCAACCGCAUCUCUGAGACACUGCGUUUUCUCACUCACUUGCUCUGCCGGUAAGGGUGAGAGGCCUUGGAAAGCUUUGGAUGCAAGGCUUGUGCUUCAAGAUGGUUCAAUCUGGAAUGCCAAAUCAUUUGGCGCUUCUGGAACCCAAGUUGGUGAAGUUGUUUUCAAUACAUCAUUGACUGGUUAUCAAGAAAUUUUGACGGAUCCUAGUUAUGCUGGUCAGUUUGUGCUCAUGACAAAUCCGCAUAUUGGGAAUACCGGUGUAAAUUUUGAUGAUGAGGAAUCAAGACGGUGCUUCCUUUCUGGUCUAGUUAUUCGGACUUUGAGUAUCAGUACAUCAAAUUGGAGAUGUGUUAAAGCACUCGGUGAUUACUUAGCGGAAAGGAACAUCAUGGGAAUCUAUGAUGUUGACACGCGUGCAAUUACACGAAGAUUGAGACAAGAUGGCAGUCUUAUUGGUGUCUUGAGCACUGAUAACUCUAAAACAAAACAGGAACUACUGCAGAUAUCUCAGUCUUGGAACAUUGUUGGUAUUGAUCUAAUAAGCGGUGUCUCAUGCAUGUCUCCACUUGAAUGGAUUGAUAAAAUAGAAGAUGAAUGGGAAUUCCGUCCAAAUAAAGAUCCAGCUGGAGAAACUUUCCAUGUAGUUGCUUAUGAUUUUGGGAUUAAGCAUAAUAUACUUAGGCGCUUAGCAUCAUACGGAUGUAAAAUUACAGUUGUGCCGUCUACGUGGCCAGCAUCAGAAACUUUGAAGAUAAAGCCAGAUGGGGUCAUUUUAAGCAAUGGCCCUGGAGAUCCAUCUGCCAUUCCUUAUGCUGUUGAAACUGUAAAGAAUAUUCUCGGAAAGGUGCCUGUUUUUGGAAUUUGCAUGGGCCAUCAAUUGUUAGGCCAGGCUUUAGGUGGCAAGACCUUCAAGAUGAAAUUUGGUCACCAUGGAGGAAACCAUCCUGUUCGCAACCUUAGAACUGGCCGUGUUGAAAUUAGUGCUCAGAACCACAACUAUGCGGUGGACCCUGCCAUAUUGCCAAAGGGGGUGGAGGUUACACAUAUCAAUCUUAAUAAUGAAAGUUGUGCUGGUCUAGCCUUUCCUUCUCAAAAAGUUAUGUCCCUUCAAUACCACCCUGAAGCAUCCCCUGGACCUCAUGAUUCUGACUAUGCUUUUAGAGAGUUUGUGUAG